CGGCGAGGUUUCAAGGAUCUUUGACCUUUUGAAACCCUUUUUCAACCAACCUAUAGUCCUCAUCCGCUAUUGGACAAGAAUCAUAGAUCCACGCUUCCCUCGCCCCCACAAUCUUCUCUACUCCCUCUUACCUCCAAUUAUCCAUGGCACCUUCUUUCGUACCUAACGGAGGCUUCGCCGCCGGCAAAGCUGCACCUACCUCUGUCACCGGACGACUCACCUCCGUCUACAGUGACGUCCAAAACAGCCGUAUCGACUGCGAACUCCCUCUUCCUUCGGUUCUCGAAAGGCCUUUCAAAAUUGUUGCCGGUCCGGGGAGCUCUGCUGCUGGAAAUCCUGAUGAGAUUGCGAAGCUAUUUCCACACUUGUUUGGCCAACCUUCCGCAAUGUUGGUGCCGAGCGAAACAGAGGCUCUGCCGUCGGAUCAGAAGUUGAAGAUUGGUGUGGUUUUGUCUGGAGGUCAAGCACCUGGAGGUCACAAUGUCAUUUCUGGAAUUUUUGAUUACCUGCAAAAUCGCGUAAAAGGGAGCAUAUUAUAUGGUUUCAGGGGAGGUCCUGCCGGCAUCAUGAAGUGCAAAUACGUUGAACUGAAUUCAGAUUAUAUUUAUCCUUACAGAAACCAGGGUGGCUUUGACAUGAUCUGCAGUGGAAGGGACAAAAUUGAAACACCGGAGCAGUUUAAACAAGCUGAAGAAACAGCUCGGAAGCUAGACUUGGAUGGACUUGUGGUUAUCGGCGGAGAUGACUCCAACACAAAUGCAUGCCUCCUUGCUGAGAACUUCAGGAGCAAAAAUAUGAAAACACGAGUGAUUGGAUGCCCUAAAACUAUUGAUGGUGAUUUGAAAUGCAAAGAAGUCCCUACAAGUUUUGGGUUUGAUACUGCCUGCAAGAUAUAUGCUGAAAUGAUUGGAAAUGUUAUGAUUGAUGCACGAUCAACUGGAAAAUAUUACCAUUUUGUACGACUCAUGGGGCGUGCAGCUUCACACAUUACCCUAGAAUGUGCUUUGCAAACUCAUCCAAACAUUACUAUUAUUGGAGAAGAGGUUGCUGCCAAGAAGCUGACUCUGAAAAAUGUUACAGAUUACAUUGUAGAUGUUAUUUGUAAACGAGCUAAAGUUAAUUAUAAUUAUGGUGUCAUUUUAAUCCCUGAAGGCCUAAUCGAUUUCAUUCCUGAGGUCCAGCAGCUUAUUGCAGAAUUAAAUGAAAUCCUGGCUCAUGAUAUUGUUGAUGAGGACGGAUUAUGGAAGAAGAAACUUACUGAUCAGUCAUUAAAGCUUUUUGAAUUUUUACCCCGAGCAAUUCAAGAACAAUUGAUGCUUGAAAGAGAUCCACAUGGAAAUGUUCAGGUUGCCAAAAUAGAGACAGAGAAAAUGCUGAUUCAAAUGGUUGAAACAGAGUUGGAGAAGAGAAAGCAAGAAGGCUCAUACAAGGGUGAAUUCAAAGGGCAGUCACACUUUUUCGGCUAUGAGGGGAGAUGUGGUUUGCCAACUAACUUUGAUGCCAUGUACUGCUAUGCCCUGGGUUAUGGUGCUGGAGCCCUCCUUCACGAUGGGAAAACUGGAUUAAUAUCAUCGGUUGGCAAUUUGAGUGCUCCAGUUGAAGAAUGGACCGUUGGUGGAACUGCACUGACCUCGAUGAUGGAUGUUGAAAGGAGACAUGGAAAGUUCAAGCCUGUGAUUAAGAAGGCAAUGGUGGAACUAGAAGGGGCACCCUUCAAAAAGUUUGCCUCCUUGAGGGAUGAAUGGGCCUUGAAUAAUCGCUACAUCAGUCCAGGUCCUAUUCAAUUCAAGGGCCCAGGUGCAGAUGCUGCUAAUCACACCCUGCUCUUGGAGCUUGGUGCUCGAUGCUAGGGAUAUUAUGAGGCUUUUGUUUUGUUGGUGGCAGUUUAUUUUAUUUGAAGGCGCUGCAAUUGCAAAUAAAACUGAUGAGGGUUGGUUAGAGCUUAUUUUUGUUUGGACUUUUUUGUGAACUUCUAGCGGAUGAUGGUUUCGCAAGUUGUUUGACUUGCAUUGGUUGGCAACUCGUGUUACACUAGCGUUCGGUAAAAUUUCAUCUCCAUUUCUUUUUUUCAUUUUUUAGUUUCCCACCUGAUAUCCUGGAGAGUAUAGAUAUUUUGGGGUUCGCUAUUUGCCCACCCCAUUCCAAAUUAAUCUGGAUCCUUGUGUAGCUUGAGCUCUUAA